AUGAAAGAAUCGGAUGAAGUAGCUGAGGAGUCUGAAAAGGACCAAUCCAUGUCUGACGGAGGCAAUGAAGACGAAGCAGAAGAUGAUUGGAGGAUUCCGAUCCACCAGUAUCUGGGUAAAGGUACCUUACCAGCUGAUAUUAAGGAAGCUCGAAAGCUCGAAUCAAAGGAAGCAAUGUACAACCUUCGUGAUGGGAUACUGUAUAGGAGGUCAUUUCUCGGACCACUAAUGCGGUGCCUCUCACGAACCGAAGGGAGGAAAAUACUCCACGAUAUACACAGCGGAGAUGCAGGCAACCACGGCGGAAGAAGAUCCUUGGCGGUCAAAGCCAAAAUGCAAGGAUACUAUUGGUUAAGCAUGGACGGAUUCAAAGAACGUGGCUAA